AUGGCCCAAGAAAAGACUGAAUCCGAGUUCCUGGAAUAUGCCUCUGGCACGGUCAACCCAGAAAGCCUCGAGAUCGACCAUGAGGCCGAGAGGAAGCUCCUCCGCAAGCUGGACCUGCAUAUCGCUCCGAUGGUGUUUUUAGGGUACCUUGUCUGUUUCCUCGAUCGGGUGAACAUCGGCAAUGCCCGUCUUUACGAUCUCGAAAAUGACCUGCACCUGCGCGGCAAUCAGUAUCAGAUCGCCUUGUCGGUCCUUUUUGCGACGUAUAUCCUCUCCGAGAUCCCUAGUAAUUUGCUCAUCAAACGGAUCCGACCGUCCCGUUGGAUCUCCUUUCUGACCGUGUCCUGGGGCAUUAUUGCCACCUUGUCCGGUCUCUGUCAGAACUUUGGCGGACUGGUGGCUUGUCGCCUUCUUCUGGGUCUCUUCGAGGGUGGCCUGUUUCCGGGCUUCCUCGUUUAUCUGACCUUAUUCUAUACCAAAGACGAGAUCGCUCUCCGGGUUUGUUACUUUUUCGUCAGUUCAGCUUUUUCGGGGGCUUGUGGUGGCCUCCUGACGUACUGCAUCGGGUUCAUGGAUGGGGUCGCGGGAUUGAGGGGAUGGAGAUGGAUAUUUAUCAUUGAGGGGCUUCCCACUUUCAUUUACGGCCUUGCGGCUUGGUUUCUUCUGGCGGAUGAUCCGGAAUCGGCCUCCUAUCUGACAUCACAAGAGAAAGAACUGAUGAUGAUCCGGAGAGAAAGGCAUGUUGGUUCGACGGCAUCCGGCAAUGAAUUUCACAAGAAGGAUAUGAUCCUUGCCUUCCAAGAUUGGAAGAUCUAUAUGUUCUGUCUUGCCCAGUUCUGCAUGGUGACCAUGCUGUAUGGAUAUAGCGUGUUCCUGCCCACCAUCAUCCAAGGGUUAGGCAACUGGACGACAGCUCAAAUCCAGGCAUUGACGAUCCCCUGCUACAUUGUGGGAGCGAUUUGCUACCUCGGCGUCGCCGUUUUAUCGGACCACCAACAGCGACGGGGCAUCUACGUUCUCGCUUCCAUUUCGGCGUCGAUCAUCGGAUAUGGUCUCCUGAUUUCCAAAUCUAAUGAACGAGUCCACUAUUUCGCGGCUUGUCUGAUCGCGAGUGGAAUGUAUAGCUGUUUGGGGAUUGCGAUGGCCUGGCUGCCCAGCAAUCAGCCUCGGUACGGCAAGCGAACGACCGCCACGGCUAUGCAAGUCAUGACUGGGAACGCUGCAGGAAUCUUGGCGUCAUUUUUGUACCCGACUACCGAUGCACCACGUUAUGUAAUGGGCCAGAGCAUCACACUCGCCCUGUUAGGUGUUGCGUUCGGUCUUUUCGUCGUCAUGAUCCUAUACUUUUCUCGCGUCAACAAACGGAGAAUGGAAGGCAAGGAAGACGCUAGCAUCGCUGGUCUAACCGAGGAAGAGGUCAACGAGUUGGGCGACCGAUCCCCACGAUUCAUCUAUACGGUCUGA